CGCCUACGCGCGACCCGGCGGACGUCUGUCACAGCGGCCGGGCCCCGCGCCCGCCGCGCCCGUGCGCGCCUGCCUCUGCACUCGGUGAACGCGUAACCGCGAUGUUCAGGGCGAGCGAGCAAUAAGCCCCCGCCCCCGUCGCCCGCCGCCCCAGCACCGGGGCCGAGACAUGAUGGCCACUUUUAAGGACUGGCUGUCAGUGACGUGGUCCCACGGCGGGAUGCACCUGCAGCCCGACGCCGCAGAGGAACAUGACGCAGACUCCGUCAGGGGCCGGUACGGUCGAGCCGGCAGCCUGGCGGUGACGCCCGGCGAGAAGAUCAUGGAGCUGCUGCGGCCCAGCGCCGGCACCCCCCGCCGCCACUCCACCGCCGCCUGCGCGCCCGCCCAGCCGCGCGCCGGCUUCGUGUACUGCCCCUCCGACGCGCUGCCCUACUGCCCGCCCUCGAGGUUUGCGCCGCCCAGGACUGUUCCUAAGCUACCUCCGCCACAGAUCCAGACGCCGCCGCCGCCGCCGCCGGUGCCGCAGCGCACGGCGCCGGUGGUGGCGCCGCUGCCGGUGCCGCCGCCGGCGCCGCCCCGUCGCUCGCCGCAGCCCCCGCGCAGAGUGCCUCCGCCCACGCCGCCCAGACCUCCGCCCGCUCCCGCCACAGAUCCGAACGGCAACAAGAAACACAUCCCACCUCCUUUACAGAAUCCUAACCCUAAUAUUGUUCCCCCAAAACUGGACUGCAAUAGAAAUCCCCAGCCACCUGUCCCCAGGCGACCCCCUCAGAAAAUACCAGAUUCCACCACGUUCACCGCGACGCCCCCACAGACCAAUACGAUAAAACGCUCCCCCAGUUCAGGCUCAAACAUCAGCGUGCGACAGGACUCCAACGUUUCGUCGGACUCCUUCAGCCAAACCUCCUCUCCGUCUUACACCACUAAAACAAUGGAGACCCCCUUGCUCCCCAACCAGCACGUCAACAAAAGUCUGAACGCUAAGAUAGCGCGCGGGUUGCUGCUGAAGGAGCAGCAGGAGAAGGAAGUGGGCAACUCUUCCAUCACCAAGAGCAUGUCGACGCCGGCCUCGCUCCAGACCAUUGUGCGGUUUCAAAAUGGAAGCAACAUGUCACUGCAUCAUAGGAUGCUUCGAGACAUGCGCGGCGCGAGCACAAACGGCCCGCCGCCCAGGUUCUGGGUGGCGCAGCUGGUGCUCAACGCGGUGGCGCUGAUCGCACUCGUCGGAGCGUUCUUCGCCUACUUCCGGCCCAGCCCCCUCGUGCAGUACGUGUCUCCGGUCGUGAACCGGUCGGACGAGGCGCCGGCGUCGUUGGAGCCGCCGGGCGCGCGCAACCCGGCGCCGGGCGUGUGCCUGCCCGUCAUCGUCAAGUUCUGCCACCAGCACCGCAUCAACUACAACUUCACCGUGUUCCCCAACUACAUCGGACACUUCGGACAGCGGGACGCGCAACUGGACCUGGAGAUCUACGACGCUGUAGUUGACGUGCGCUGCUACGAGCUGACGGCGCUGUUCCUGUGCUCGCUGUUCGUGCCCAAGUGCGGCCCGCUGGGCCACAUGGUGCGGCCCUGCAAGAGCUUGUGUCAAGAAACGAUGCGCCGCUGCGGAUUCUUCCUGGAAGUAUUCGGGUUGGCCAUGCCGGACUACCUGCAGUGCGACAUCUUCCCCGAGUCCACAGACACUGACGUCUGCCUCGGGAACAGGGAAGUCAAGGAAGCGCGGUUCAGAGCUGCCAAGCCAGUGUGUCCGACCGGGUUCCAGUGCGACGUGAACCGCUGCAUCCCGCACGACUGGCGCUGCGACGGGCACGUGGACUGCGCCGACCGCUCCGACGAGCUCAACUGCCGCGUGUGCAAGCGCGCCGGCGACGUGCACUGCGGCAACCAGCGCUGCAUCUCGCAGGCGCACCUCUGCGACGGCAAGCUCGACUGCCCCUGGGGGCAGGACGAGAGGAACUGCCUGCGGCUGAGCGACGCCAACGGCGACAUCGGGCGCGGCGAGCUGCAGGUGUACCGCGCCGCCAACCAGUCGUGGUUCCCCGCCUGCAUCAGCGCGCUCGACGACACCACCGCCGGCAAACUGUGCUCCAUGCUGGGAUACUCCGUGGUGAACCGCAGCGCGGCGGUGGGCGGGGCGGGCGCACGCGCCGGGCGCGCGCACAAGCCCGCGCUGCCGCACGUGCCGGCCGGGCACGCGCCGCGCGAGCACGGCGUGGCGCAGUCGUACCGCGCCUUCGUGCGCAGCGAGGGCGGCCUGCUGGACGAGCUGAAGGACUGCAGGCACGACUCGUCGCGCGUGCACCUCGUCUGCAACGACUACGAAUGUGGCAAGCGGCGCACUGUCGGCGGCGCCAAGAAGCGCAUCGUGGGCGGCGUGGAGGCGUCCCCGGGGGACUGGCCCUUCCUGGCCGCCAUCCUCGGCGGGCCCGAGGAGGUGUUCUACUGCGCCGGCGUGCUGGUGGCCGAUCAGUGGGUGCUCACCGCGUCGCACUGCGUGGGCAAUCACUCGGACGUGGACGGCUGGACCAUCCAGCUGGGCAUCACGCGGCGCCGCUCGCACGCCUACUACGGGCAGAAAGUGAAGGUGCGCCGCGUGGUGCCGCACCCGCUCUACAACGUGGGCGUGGCGCACGACAACGACAUCGCCUUGUUCCAACUGGCGGUGCGUGUGCGCUACCACGAGCACCUGUCGCCGGUGUGCCUGCCGCCGCCGCAGCGCGUGCUGAAGUCUGGCACCGUCUGCACCGUCAUCGGCUGGGGCAAGAGGGACGACAAGGACAUGUCAGAGUACGAGCCGGCAGUGAACGAGGUACAGGUGCCGGUGCUCAACCGCGACCUGUGCAACCAGUGGCUGGAGCACCGCGAGCUCAACGUCACCGAGGGCAUGCUCUGCGCCGGGUACGCCGAGGGCGGCAAGGACGCUUGUCAGGGCGACUCCGGCGGGCCGCUGCUGUGCCCGGACCCGGACGACCCGAAGCGCGCGCGCUGGUACGUGGGCGGCAUCGUGUCGUGGGGCAUCAAGUGCGCGCACCCGCGCCUGCCCGGCGUGUACGCCUACGUGCCGCGCUACGUGCCGUGGAUCCUCCGCCAGAUCCGCCUCUACAACGACGACGACGCCAAGUCCGAUGCGGAUGUGUGAAACGGAUGCGGAUAAAAACAAUGCGUAAUCGAUGUGCCGCAGCGUAGCAGAAUGAAAUGAAAAUACACACGUAACCACUUUCAUUCGUUUUGAAAUGAUAACUGUCUGAAUAACUUAUUUAAAAAUGUUGUUGCUAACGAGAAAUCGCGAAAUGCUAAUAAUAAUUACCUAUUAAUUUUCUGUACAUUGUUUUUGUAAAACAGAAUUUUUGCUAUUAAUACUAGUAACAUGUGGAUUUGUUUUUGAUUUUAUAAAUAAAGAACUGUUGCAGUUGCAGUUAAGGAAAAAUCUAUAAGUCAAUUCAAUCGAUAUAUUUACUUUUUUCUAGCGUAAUUAGAAAUAUCAGUCAAAACGUCCUAAUUGUUAAUUAUAUCAUGUCAAUUAAAAAGUGAUCAGUGGUUACGUUCGUAUUCCUAAAUAUUAUGUUCUGUUCUGCGUGUGAGUUAAGAGAAUUAAUUGAAAAAAAUGACAAUAAAUGUAAUUAACCAGCGACAAUAAAAUACGUUAAAUAAAAAUAUUGACAAUAAAUUAGUUAACAUAGUGACAAUAAAUGUUUAAAAUAAUUGUAUUCUACUAGUGACAAUAAUAUGUAAACCAACGGUUAUAUAUUUCUACAUUAUAAAAAAGCGUUCACUAAUAAAUGGGCCGCGUUUCCCUAUGACGUCAAAGUUAUGUCACAACUUUUCGAUACGAUUUUAGUGUCAUAUGGGCAUGAGGCGAUAAAAUGGCCAAAAUAUUUUUACAAAUCGCUCAGUAUUGCGGGUGAGGUAAAUGUUUGAUGCUGUGAUACUAAAGGCCAGCGCACACUGUGGCGUGCCGCCGGGUGCACGUUUCGUAUGGACUAUUGGGUACCACAGGCGACACUGUGUAAAAGGAGGCAUUUUUGGUUUGCACUACAGCAAGCCACCGUGUGCGCGGACCGUAACGGAACUAUAUUAUAAACGGUGAAGUCGAUUUAAGAAGCGUUUACCCGAACGAGUCAAAGUUGAGCUUUUUUAUAACUUUGAACGUUUAAGGUGGAAACAGAGCUGAGAACCGACCCGCGGCGCGCGACGUUUGUGUUGUAUAGUCAUAGCUUCGUCUGUUUAGUCAUGUAAAGACGUAUCGUGUGUUCGCGCCGCGACAGGUCCGGCCGACCGGCGCGUCUCGAGUGUGUUCCCACCCUUAAAUUCACGUUUCUCGAUACUUUUUCUCGGGAUAUUUAGUGUCAUAGUGUUAAUAUCUUGUUUACAUUAUACAGACAUAGAUAAGGAGACAUUAAAGAUGCUUGUAAAUACUUAUGUCGUAAACUUUACCCUAUUUUCUCUGACGUCAAAAUCGUGACAUUUAUUAUGCAAAAUUUAAAGGUUUACCUAACCUAAUCUAGAUAAUAUAGAUCCUGAAAAAAAAAAGUUCGGCUAGGUAUACAAAGCCCACCCCAGGUAAUAACAUAUAAUUUUUGUGUAUGUACCAAUAGUUGACGUCGUUUAGGUACAUAAAAUCAUAGUAAAUCACGGGAGUCACGAUUUUAUAGUUAUAAAGAGUUCCACAAGGAAAUGCGACAAACACAAAGACAAGCCGCGUGCCAAUCUGGUGAAUGAGAAAUAACGUGACAAACUGUCACAUCAUUUAUCAAUAAUCUUAUUAAACGGCGCGCGCUGAUUGGUGCACGAUUUUGUACAGUGACUAAGCUUUAGCCUAAACUUUUAGGAUGUUUAUAUGAUGAUGCUUCUUAUUUUUCUCCUGCAUUAGUUCGGUGUGUAGUUGUUAUUUAUUUGAUGUUUGAUGUUGUAGUCUUAGUGAGAAGUGCUUUUAUAGAUUAGUCGUCGGACUUUUCUUUUGAUGUAUUUUCUUAGGCGGCAUUAUAUUAUAUUAUGUAAGGCUGUCACUGUCGCUAGCGGUAGCGAUAACGACAAUAAUAUAUUUAGUUACACUGGUGACUAUUCUAUUAUUUGUGCGAUCAGAAAGCAAAAAAUAUAAAUUUCCUGACGACAAUAGUCUGUGUGCACUGAAAAAAUCUAAACAAUAAAAAACAAUUAAAUUGAAAAAAUACCCUGCCGUUACAGUAUUAAUAUUCGAGUAUUCAACUGGCACCGGUGAACGAAUGUUUAUAAAUAUAAUAGUAUCUAGUUACUCAAAAAUAUUGUUUAUAGAAAUAUUAUUUAUAUAAGUUAAAAGUUAGAUAUUAUUCUUCCUUAAAGACAAUAAAAUAAAUAUCUAAUUAGGUAUGUACUUAAAUAACUUUUAAAUAUAUUUUAUACAUUUAACAAAAUCAACUAUUUUUAAAAAAUGUUAAAUUUAUUAGCAAAAUUAAACCUUCGCAUUCUGCCGGAAAUAAUCUUUUGAUAUCGAUAUUUUAUAGUGACGUAUUCGAGUAUGUACAUAAUUAUACUGGGAGAGAUAAUUAAAAAUUCCUUUGUGCGCGAACAAUAACGUUUUAGACAUUGUUUUAAUGGUGAAUGUGAAAAUAAUUAGUAAUAUAGCUUUAAUAGCGAGUAAGAAUGAAUAAAAAAAAUAUAACCAGUAGCCCAAAAAUAUUAGUAGCUGGUAGUGAGAUAUACUAAAAAUACGAUCUAAAUUAUUAAAAUUUAUCUUUUGCAAAGUUCAAUUAUAUGUAGCUAUCUAUGUUCAUAUAUAAAAAGUAUUCAUUGUGUACAGUUUUUGAUACAAUAUUAACUAUAGAAUUUUAUUUAAAGGCUACAUUAAACUGUAGUAGCUUAUACGAAAGUAUUCUAUGGCUUUAGUGAAUCAUUUCAUACAUAUAAGUAUAGAGAAAUAGCGGAAAACUAUGCUCAAGGUUGCUACUACAUAGAUAUCGUGUAAUAAACAUAGAUAGAUAUUAUAUAUAUAGUAAUGUAUGCGUCGCAACGUAGUUCUUUCCAGAGUAUUACAACAAUGUUUGCGUCACUGUGGUUCUUUGUUUUUACGUUUAUGUUUUAUAACAUUAAAUUAUAAAUUAUUCGAAAAUAUUUUAAAUUAGGAUCUACAAGGAGCAAAUUGAAAAUUUUAAUAGUGUUUUGUAUUUUUCAACAUCGUUAAUAAUUAAAAAAAGACAAAUAAAUAAAUGGUAUAAAAAUGUAGUGCAAUGGAGAUAACUGCGUUGCCACAUGUACUACAAAGGUUGUUGACUUCUUAUGAGUCCCCUUCUUUACUCGAGCUUUCUAUUAGCGUUAAUAUAUAAAAUUAUAUAGCAUCUAACGUAACAUAAAGAGUCCUUUAUACAAACAAAAAUAUGUAUAUAUAGACAUCGAAGACAAUAAAAAAUUAUAUUCAUGUCAAUAAUAUUUUAUAUAUUUUAAUUUCUAGAUGUCAUUAUUGCGUUAUUUUUUAUCUCAAUAAGAAUAUAGCGACUGAACGUAUGAGUUAUAUAUCGCUUGUUUCGAUUCAAUCGAAUUUAUCUUUUAGGUGUUAUAGGUAUAUAUAACUUUCGCUAUCAUCAAGUACAUGAAGAAUUAUUUUUGAAUUGUUAUGUGAUGUGUAUUCGUUGCAUUACAUGAUUAUGAUGUUUCUAUAAUCAUAUGCCGUCUAUUACUAUACUGAUUGUUAAUAUUAUUCUAGGUAAGGUAAAUUAGACAGUUUAGAAGUAAUUAGGAAUAACAGUAAAACUAGAAUUGCUUUAGCGUUGUCUUGAUCUUCUUUCACUUAAGUAAGCUAUUAAUUUUCAAGUUGUCCUACCAGAUUAGUUAUUUUGUUAGUGAUAAGUUAAUGAUGAAUGCGGCCGUGCAACUUUGUUUACGUAUAAUGAAGAAAUAUUUUAGGGGAUUGGGUCUUACCAAUACUAAAUUAAUAUAGAAUUUUAUUAAAUUAAUAAAUUUAUAAUUCAAAUAAUAAUGUUAUGCACACUCUUUCAAAAUGUAAUACUAUACAUAAUAUUAUGUAAUUGUGUUACUUGCUCCUACAAAAUGUGAUCUUUUGAUUGAGUGUAUAUAUAUAAUUUUUUUAUAUAUAUAAUUUUAUUUUAAGUCGUAGUUUUCUACAACAAUACGACAUUAUUUAUAGGAAAUAGCAAAAAUGAAAAAAAACCUCUGAUGUUGUUGAACUACAUACAUAUUUCUUAUUAUAUAACAUUCAAAUUAUUUUUUUAAUUUUGGUGCGUAAUUAGAGGUGCCAAAAAUGUACCUACUGUUUGACUGUUAUAAAUUUUAAGAUCAAAUAAAUAUCUUUGAAAUUGGUUAAUUCAACACUUUUACAAUAUUUAUGAGAAGUUUUUAUUUGAAUGUUCUACUGUUUUUGUUCAAACUAUGCCCUUAUUAGAAUCGCUUUGAGUUUUAGAUACAGUUAAGUGGGAAAACACUGAGUGGUUUUGGACACGACGACGAUUUUGCUACCAAUCGACGCUGGAAUAUUAAAUUAUGCAAAAGGCUCCCUUACCUAUCAAUUAAUUGUAUUUAAGUAAUGAAUAGCAGUCGUAUAUGCAUCGACAUAUUAGUUUGUCGUUGCGUAUUGCGUAACUAUACAGUCCGUUCAAUUGCGAUUCUUUAUGACGUUUAUCUACAGUGGUGACUUUUUCGUUGCAGGUAAUGUUAUUUUACAUAAAGCUGAUACAAAAGCCUAAUUAUUUUAUUACGAAAUAUUAUUAGAACAAUAUUAUCUUUUUAUCAUUUAAUGAGGGAAUAUAAUUUUGGCCUUUAUUAUAGCGUCGCUUCUGCAUGAAAAAGGUACACUUAAUUACAAACAGAUCGAACGCGUAAAAAUGUCGUCGUGUGCAUAAUCUCUAAAUACAUAUAAAUAAACAUGAGAUGCAUUGGUAUUUGGCUUUAUAUGGAACAUUUGACAUGUUCAGCUCUAAAUGUUUAUACAUGAUAGAUGUACUAAUGUAAAGAUGUAAACUAUAUGUCGUAUACAAUGUAAUACGUAGAAGAUAAUCGCUGUUGGUCUCACCUAUGUAGAUAAAGUACGUGUUCAUACCUUUACGGUUGUUCGGAUUAUGUUACUCAUUUGAUACACCCAUACAAAUAUAUAGGUAAAAGUUACAAAAGUAAUGAUAUUAUGAUAUAAAUAAUAUAUUGAUAACCCAAAUGACAAAACAUUUGUUACUUGUGAGUCCAACGCACAUAUUUAUUUUGCGUUAGCCAACAUGCAUGAUCAGAGUGAAGUAAAACGUAAUAUGAUUCAAUGAGUCCUUAAAGAGUUACAUAUAGUGAAUACUGCUGCUUUUAAUUAAGGCGAAAAAUACCUAUUUGGUAAUUUUCAAGAUAGAUAGUUAACUAUUUCAUUAUAUAAAUAAAAAAAACAUACGUCGAAUUGAGAACGUCCACCUUUUUGAGCUAAAAAUGCUUGAGUUAAAAAGCUCAUUGCGUAUGGUUUUUAAUUAGAUCGUGAGUGACAUUUUGGCUGGGCUUUGUCGCCGUUUUCGGAUCGUUAUUAACUGUAUGCAACAAAAUUUUACGGUACAAUGUUUUUCAAUCGUGCUUCCUUCGAAUCUCGACAAAGUUUGAUAUCGAUGUUCCGAACGAAUGACUAGCAUAGUCCGAACACGCCCUCGAGUCAGCUGGAUUGACUCAAAUAAUAAUACGAAUAAAUGUAUAGAAAGUAUUUCAUGUUACCGCUCUAAUGACAAUAAAUGUUUUAUAUUAUGUACUUAAGAAAUAUUAAAUUCUAACAAUAUAUGCUAUAUACUUUGCGUGUUGAGGGCUUUGAGAACUUUAUUUAGUGAUGAGCCACAUAUUUUAUAAUAGAUAUUAUAAUUAUUAUACACAAAAAGAUUGAUGAAGAAAUCAAUGUCCUAAAUCCUUAAAUUUAUAAUAUUUUUUCAUGUAUGUAUAUAUGUUAUAUAUAAAAAAAUAUAUACUUUGGCAUUUUUCGUUAGUUGAACGUAGAUUUGAUGCGUAUGGCGUACAUAUAUACGGUGCCGGAAGGAACUUGUGUCAUAAAUAACCGUAAUGAAUGUAGCGUCUACGAAAUCGUAGCACCGACGUCGUAGCAUCGUAGACAAGCUCUAGUGUAGUACCUAGUAACAGUAAAUAGUAACGCAAGAUCUCCGGAGCUUUAGCGCGAUACGGCGUAGCACAUAUGUAGUAGUACAAACAAAAAAUGACUUUUCCAUAAUAAUUUUCUUGUUUAAUUUUAUAAUCAACACGAUUGUUAGCUAUUUAACUACGCUUUAUCUUUUCUAGUAAAAUCUUAUUUAUAGUAUCCUAAUUAUAGUAGGUACAUACAAUACAAUACUUCAAAAUUUUAGAUUAAGUAUUAAUUUUCCUCGUGCCUAUACUAUAUCACACAUUCAAAGUUACCUAUACCGUGAUUAUAGUCACGGUGUUCAAUAACAUCGACAUGGCUUUCUUGUGCGCGGCUCCUCGUAUGUCGGAUAUGACGUAUGGUUUCUUCAUCACUCUGCAUACUUCCACACAUCUGAAGCCUGAUAACAGACAAUACAAUAAAAAGUAAAAUAUAAAGGUUGUGUACUAGAUGUUUAGAGUAACCAUACGAGUAGAGUAACGCGAUUUCCUCGUGAGGCUGAACGAAGGUGUUUAUUGUAAUUUUCAUAAUACAUAUUUCCCAUUUUUCACAAUAUUUCACAUUUUGACAGCAUUCAUUAUUCACAUAUAUAAUACCUACCUAUUUACAUUCUAGGUCUAGGUCUGUGUUUGCUGACUUACCAGUGUAGGUAGGUACGUAAUGACAUUAGAAAUACUAAGUUCAUUUUAUAUUUCUUACAAAAUUAUAUCUAUGGAUGACUUAAACCCCAAUACUUUGACGUUAUUAAUUUUUGACAAGCUUGUAAAGAAAUCGUACGAUAAAAUUGUAGGUACAUUUUGACAAAAAUGUUUAAAAUUUUAUACAUAACACCAUACUUAUUUUAUGGUAUCUAUUAAAUUAUACUCGUUCAUAUAUCCCUCAUACGUAGUUAUCGAAAUUUGUAUUUUUCCAUCGCCUAAGGCUUGUGAACUAACUUUGUAGCCUAGAUUGUAACUGAUAGUAUUUAUCGCUUUGAAAUUAGUAAAAACGACAGAUUAUAAGUAUUUAAAAUUAUACCUCCGGAACAUAUUUUUUUACAUCAAUGAUAGAAGACAAACUUACAUUUUAAUAUUUGUCAUUUUUACUAGUUUAUUAAGUGUACUUUAAAAGUAGUAAUGUAAUAGACACGCACAAAAUGUAGCCAGUCUUUCAAUUCUACAGAAUAUCAAUGUGUGAUAAUAACUACGUGUUACAAUUUGCGUGAUAUUUCCAACUAAGUCUGCCGUUUUGAUUGUCGGCUUUUCGAACAGCCGCGCACGCGCAUCGUUUUUUGAAUUGUAAUUGUCAUAAUUAUGUGUAAUGCGAUCGUAUUUCCAAAAACUACAAAGCGGCACACUUAUUUGAAUCGAUCUUUACUUAUUUCCUCAUCGAUGUUAAAUGUUAUAGAUCGCGAGUGAUGCUUUUGUAAUCUAUGUUGUAAGCGAUUAUUACACUUUUAAUGUAAUAAUCAAUUCGUGUAAACUGUCAUUUGUGUAAAUGGUUUUAAAUUUCCAAUGAUUUCUUCCUUCCUUUUGGCUUGCCAAUAAAGUAAUACGUUUUAAGUGUAUACGUAGUGUUAAAAUAUUUACCUAUUUCCACCGUUUAUUGAAAGUAUAGGUAUACUUACCUAAGUAAAUUUACCAGAACUUAUAUCAGAGAAAUUCACUUAUUUAGAUAAAAUUAUAACGUUAUCGAAAUUGUCUAUUGAAAUUUGUAAUUCUACGCAACAUAUCAAUCUAUAUAUCCAUUUAUGCCCAACGGGUACUUUGUUACAUUUUCAUAAAAAUAAUAUUAUAUAUGUACCUAUGUAACAGUAACAAUCGGUUCAGAAUUCGUUAUUCGUUCUUACAUUUAGUCAUACCUACUGUUUUUUGUUUUCUGUUCAAACAUUUUUAAUAACAAAAUACUUCAACCAGAAUUCUGUAAAUUACACACAUUAUUAAUUCUGUAAUUUACAGAAUUAAAAUAAGAUUUGAGUAUGACUAAUUGACAGAACUUCUAAUUUUAAUACACUAAGGUAUAUUUUUCUAUACUUAGCAUUAUUUUUAAGUAAUUGUUUUAAGAGAUUAGCGACAUUCCUCGCCACGAUAAGUUAGUUGAUUUCUAAAGUCCAUAGAGUAAAUGUUUUAAUGUUAGCUGCCGGGAGAGCGGCGCCGGCGUGGGUGUUGCUUGAUAGUUUGUGUAGCACUACUUUGUUCCUCAAGCUUAAUUAAAUUAUACAUUAAGAAACACUUGCUUUUCAUUACCAUAUCCUCAAUCCUGGAUGACUUUACAGUUAAGUUUUUAUAUUAAGAGAAGAACAACAGUCAACAGACGACCCUAU